UAUUGAGGCCCUACGAACUCCAUUACCCAUAAUACAAAGCGUCUUCCGUUUCCGCACGGUGUCAUCAGCCGAGUGCAGCGUGGGUUUCACGCGUCAACAAAUCCUGCCGGAGUUACAGCGAAUAGAUCAGAAUGACGGAACGCAAAGGGACAGCAAAACUUGACUUUUUGAGGAAGAUCGAGGAGGAGGUUCAACAGAAAUGGGAGCAGGAAAAGAUUUUUGAGAUUGAUGCUCCAACCACUACUGAGGAAAAUACAAAUAAGAACAAGUACUUUGUUACGUUUCCUUAUCCUUACAUGAAUGGGAGACUUCACCUUGGACAUACGUUCUGCCUGUCGAAGUGUGAGUUUGCAGUGGGUUACCAGCGGCUGAAAGGAAAGCAUUGUCUUUUCCCAUUUGGACUUCACUGCACUGGGAUGCCCAUCAAAGCAUGUGCAGACAAGCGGAAGAGAGAAAUGGAGCUUUAUGGAUACCCGCCCCAAUUCCCUGAGGAAGACGAUGAGGAGGAAGAGCAGAAGAAGAUCACUGAUGAGGUCAUCAUCAUGGACAAGGCAAAGGGCAAGAAGAGCAAAGCUGUAGCAAAGUCUGGAAGCUCCAAGUUCCAGUGGGACAUGAAAUGUCUGGGGCUGCGGGACGAUGAAAUUGUGAAGUUUGCUGAAGCUGAACAUUGGCUGGAAUAUUUCCCUCCUCUUGCUGUAGAAGACCUGAAGAAAAUGGGUUUAAAGGCUGACUGGCGUCGUUCCUUCAUCACGACUGAUGUAAACCCUUUCUACGACUCUUUCGUGAGGUGGCAGUUCAUAACUCUGAAAGAGAGAAAGAAGAUCAAGUUCGGGAAAAGGUAUACCAUUUACUCUCCCAAAGAUGGUCAGCCCUGCAUGGACCAUGACAGACAGACAGGAGAGGGAGUUGGUCCUCAAGAGUAUACCCUGAUUAAGAUGAAGAUUGUGGAACCUUACCCAGCAAAAUUGAGUGGCCUUAAAGGCAAGAAGAUUUUUCUGGUGGCUGCGACUCUGAGGCCUGAAACCAUGUUUGGUCAGACGAAUUGCUGGAUUCGGCCAGAUAUGAAGUACAUUAUAUUUGAGACGGCCAGCGGUGAGCUGUUCAUCAGCACGCAGCGGUCAGCCAGGAACAUGUCCUACCAGGGCUUUACCAGAGAGAAUGGAGUGGUUCCUGUGAUCAUGAACAUCAUGGGCCAGGACAUCCUCGGCUGCGCAUUGAGCGCCCCCCUCACCUCAUACAAGACCAUUUAUGCCCUGCCAAUGCUCACCAUUAAAGAAGACAAAGGAACUGGAGUUGUCACCAGUGUUCCGUCAGAUGCACCUGAUGAUAUCGCAGCUCUGAGGGACAUUAAAAAGAAACCGGCUUUGAGAGAGAAGUAUGGAAUUCAAGAUUAUAUGGUUCUACCAUUUGAGCCGGUACCCAUCAUUGAGAUUCCAGGAUAUGGGAAUCUGUCGGCUCCUCUGGUUUGUGAUGAACUAAAGAUCCAAAGCCAGAAUGACAGAGAGAAACUGGCUGAGGCCAAAGAGAAGGUCUACCUCAAGGGCUUUUAUGAGGGGAUCAUGUUAGUGGAGGGUUUAAAGGGACAGAAGGUCCAGGAUGUUAAGAAGCCCAUUCAGAAGAGGAUGUUGGAGAAGGGUGAGGCGCUGAUCUACAUGGAGCCAGAGAAGCAGGUGUUAUCUCACUCUGCAGACGAGUGUGUUGUGGCAUUGUGUGAUCAAUGGUAUCUGGAUUAUGGCAAUGAGGAAUGGAAAAAGCAAGCCACGGGUGUCCUGGAGGCUCUGGAGACGUUCUGUGAUGAAACCAGGAAGAACUUUGAAGCAACAUUGGCUUGGCUUCAGGAGCAUGCCUGUUCCAGAACCUAUGGGUUAGGAACCCGGUUGCCAUGGGAUGAACAAUGGCUCAUUGAGUCCCUGUCGGACUCCACCAUCUAUAUGGCUUACUACACCGUGGCACAUCUCCUCCAGAGAGGGGUCCUCAACGGACAAGGCCCCUCGCCACUGGGAAUCAGACCAGAGCAAAUGACGAGGGAGGUGUGGGAUUACGUCUUCUUCAAAACAGCACCUUUCCCAAAGACAGACAUCCCAAAGGACAAGCUGCAGAAGCUCAGGAGGGAGUUUGAGUUCUGGUACCCUGUAGACGUGAGAGUAUCAGGGAAAGACCUGGUGCCAAACCACCUCUCCUAUUACCUCUACAAUCAUGUAGCCAUGAGGCCCAAUGACAGUGGCAAAUGGCCAAAAGCAGUACGUGCCAACGGUCAUCUUUUGCUAAACUCUGAAAAGAUGUCCAAGUCCACUGGCAACUUUCUCACUUUGAGUCAAGCCAUUGCCAAGUUUUCAGCAGAUGGUAUGCGUUUGGCUCUGGCUGAUGCAGGGGACACGGUGGAGGAUGCUAACUUUGUUGAGGCCAUGGCAGAUGCGGGAAUAUUGCGUCUCUUUACAUGGGUGGAAUGGAUGAAAGAGAUGAUCGCCAAUCAGAACAACCUGAGGACCGGACCUGCGGACACAUUUAAUGACAGAGUAUUUAUUGGUGAAAUGGAUUCCAGCAUCAUUAAAACAGAGCAGCACUAUGAGAGGAUGAUGUACAAGGAGGCUUUGAAGACCGGCUUCUUUGAAGUCCAGGCCGCCAAGGAUAAAUACAGGGAGCUGGCUAUCGAGGGCAUGCACAGGGAUCUUGUGUUCCAGUUUAUCGAGAACCAAACACUCCUGCUGGCUCCCAUCUGCCCCCACCUGUGUGAACACACCUGGUCCCUGCUAGGGAAGGUGAGACCCCCUCUAUGCUGA